AUCGGUGCCGAUUAGAGUAAUAUUGUUCUGUGGUGCCGAUCCGAUGACAUGACGUACCGAAACCUAAUACGUAGUAUCUUUACCUAGUCUGUGCUAAUAAAGUACUCUGUGCCGAAACCGAUCGGUGCCGAUGUUUUUGCAUUGUUUUCCCUUUUUUGCAGAUUUUUGCAAUUGCAAGCAAGAACACUUCAAUUCUUAAUCGGAUUCAACAAUUAUGAAUUAUAUAUCCACCAUAAUUAGUUAUAAUAAACUUCAAAUUAUUAAAUCAGCUGUUAGAAAUUUGUGUUUAAAAAACUUAUCGACACGCCAAGCACAACCUAUAGAUCACAAAGAAGAAAACGUUCGCGUUGAUAAGAAUACUCUGGCGCUUCUGGAGAGACUUUCACUGGUAAAAUGUGAUUCAACUGAAGGUCUAACAGUAUUAGAAGACUCCAUUGCAUUUGCCAAUAAAAUUCUUCAUAUCAAUACUGAUAAUGUUGACCCUUUGUAUUCUGUAUUAGAAAACGAAAAUGUGUACCUGCGAAAUGAUGUUGUCACACAAGGUGACUGUCAAAAGGAUAUUCUUAAAAAUGCUGUGUUAAAAGAGGACGACUAUUUUGUUGCACCACCUGGAAAUAUUCCUUUACAAGAAAUCCAAAUUGACAAAAAAGAACAAGAAACUAAAUCAUGA